AUGGGGCAGAAACCAUUGUCGGACGAACAGUACAGGUCUGCUUUUGAUGUCUUGGUUCAAGGUUCAAAGAUGUCGUACCGAGAUUUUAUCAUCCCUCAACUCUCUCAGCUGUUGAGGCCUCUCGUUGAUGCUCAAAGCUCGAUCUCCGUACUGGAAGUUGGACCUGGUCCGAGCAGCAUAUUCGGACACCUUCCCGAUCGUCUCAGACGGAAAAUCGGGAGAUACGCUGCCUUCCAGCCAAACAGCUUAUUUGCGAAUGAAACAUACGACAUUGUCCUGUUUUGCCACAGCAUGUACGGAAUGAAGUCCAAACGGAGAGUCAUGGAACAUGCACUGAGAAUGGUGAAAAACAGGCCUCAGAAAGGACUGGUGGUCGUAUUUCAUCGCAGCGGUUCACUGCACUUCGAGGAUCCGGUGUGCCAUAAAAUGGCUUUUUUCGGCAAUGGCGUCGUCCGCGUGGUAGAUGAUAAUCAAGAUACGGACGUUGGGAAUCCCAUUCCAGCGGAUUGGCGCCAAGUCUGCCGGACCUUGGGUCGCCGCGGGGAAGCCUACUCAAACCAUCUUCUGUUUAGUGCGCCUGAAGCCAUGGUCGUCCUCACCCAUGAUGCGACCUCAUUGCCGGAGCUGACGACGCAGGUACCGUUGGCUGACAGCGGCACUACAAUCAAGAACUGGAUGGCGCGCUCCUAA